AUGGAGGAAUGCGAGGUUGAAGUUUCGAAGUUGGCCGGCGCGAAAAGCAGCGGGAAUCACCGGGACGCUGAUUGGACGGCCGGAACGAAGUGUGCGCAGAGCCUCCGAGUGGCCGCCUCAGGAAACCACCUCAACUCACGCACUCGGCCCUACAAAAUUAUUGUGGCCCAAUUCCUCUUGCCUCAUACCUCGUCACGGUUAGAUCCCCCCGGAAGCUCCAAUAAUUACAGGAUAUUCCUUAAACUACUUUCCUUCCACUCGACCGGAGGUAACACAAGUAAAGCCUACCGAAUCCCACAUUUAUCCCCCACAGCUAUGGCUUCCACGAACUCGGGAAUUACUACGGACGCAGCGACCGGAGAACGCUAUAUCCCCUCAUCGGUUCGUGCCGAUGGCUCUAAACGCCGCGAAAUUCGUGUUCGACCCGGCUAUCGCCCCCCUGAGGAUGUGGAGCUGUAUAAGAAUCGUGCUGCACAAGCCUGGAAGAACCGUGGUAACACCGGAGUGCCUGGUGCAGAAAGUUUAAAAAACGAGAAUGAAAGCCCGGCUAAAACAGGCACGGCGGCUAGUAACAAGAAUGCCAAGCGAAGGGAAGCGAAGAAGAAAGCAAAGGCAGCUCAGGAAGGAACCGCUACUACCGAGGGCAAAAAUGUGACCGAAAUCGACAACUGGCGUGCCCCGGCUUCCGGCGCCGAUAAGAAGCAAUCUAAUGGACCAGAUAAGGCAACUGGAGGAUCUGAAGAAACAGUCGAUCUAGAAGCCGAGAACGAAAAGAAGGCGCGCAAUCUGAAGAAGAAACUCCGCCAAGCACGCGACCUACGGGACAAGAAGAACCAAGGAGAAGCCCUGCUUCCCGAGCAACUGGAGAAGGUAAUCAAGAUCCAGGAACUGAUCCGCCAGCUUGACGCACUCGGAUUUGAUUCGAACGGUGACAAGAAGGACGACUCUGCGGAGAAGGAAGAGAAAGUCUGA